GGUGGUGGAGGAAGAAGUGGACGCAGCUGACGAGGAAGAGGAUGCAGCAACAAAGGAAGACGCGUCAGAGGUGGCUGAGGAAGAGGAGGACAAGCGGCGAGCAGAGUACGACCCCAGCACGGCGUGCGGAAGCAGUUUUGUGGUUCCUGUUUGUGGCUUCAUGUGUCGACUCUGCAAAAAGUUUUUCUACAGUGAAGCUGCAGCUCGACACACACACUGCAGGACACGCACACACUACCUCCACCUGCAGAGACACCGUGCUCAGAGGAAGCGGCGGCGAGGACAGAGAGACGAGGACCGAUCUGCUCCGCCCUGACCGCCUCACCGUGUCCCACAAUGCAUCGCUGCAUCCAGGUGAUGCUCUGAUCACCUUUCUUGUGUUUGACUGGUGGCUGCUGCAGGAGCUGCAGGUCACAGGUGGACUGCUGUGUUCUGUUUGCAGUGGGAGAAACGUUUCACAGCUGCAGGUUUCCACCUGAGCGGGACACCUGUACGAUGACUGACAGUGCCCACGUGAAAGAACAAGAACCACCGACGUGGUGUUCGGGUCAGAUCUGAGCUGGGUUAGACUUCAUGUUCCGGUCCACGUGGCAUGCUGUACCCAGCCCGGCCGCAGGGGGCGCCCUCCCUGCUCAGCGCGGAGGAUUGUGGGUCGGAGGAGGCAGCAGCGGGGCAUCUUCAUCAUCACUGCGGGCCGGACCGGGACGUGAGUUGGCAGCUGUUUUUCCGCACUGAAGUGCCUUACCGUCGGAGCCAGAGAUGGGACACGGAGACCUCAUGAGCCAGGCGGAGGAUGUGGCGGACCAGUUCCUGCGGGUGACCAAACACUACCUCCCCCACGUGGCCCGCCUCUGCCUGGUCAGCACCUUCCUCGAGGACGGCAUCAGGAUGUGGCUCCAGUGGAGCGAGCAGAGCGAGUACAUCGACUCCACCUGGAGCUGUGGCCUCUUCAUCGCCAACCUCUUCGUCCUCAUCAACCUGCUGGGACAGCUGGGCUGCUGCGUGUUGAUCCUCAGCAGGAACUUUGUUCAGCACGCCUGUGGCGCUCUGUUUGGGAUCAUCGCUCUGCAGAUGGUGGCUUACAGCAUCCUGUGGGACCUCAAGUUCCUCGUGAGGAACCUGGCGCUGGGCGGGGGCCUCCUCCUCCUCCUGGCAGAGUGCAGGGGGGAGGCGCGUAGCGUGUUCGCCGGAGUUCCUUCCCUCGGACAUCAGAGCUCGCCGAAGCACCUCCUGCAGCUGGGAGGUCGCGUCCUCCUCGUCCUCAUGUUCAUGACGCUGCUGCACUUUGACCUCAGCCUGCUCAGUUUCCUGCAGAACGUGGUGGGGACGGCACUCAUGGUCCUGGUGGCGGUGGGCUUUAAGACGAAGCUGGCGGCGCUCACGCUGGUGGCGUGGCUGCUCUGCAUCAACUUCACCAUCAACGCCUUCUGGAGCGUGCCGUCCUACACGCCCAUGCACGACUUCCUGAAGUACGACUUUUUCCAGACCACCUCGGUGAUCGGCGGCCUGCUGCUGGUGGUGGCGCUGGGGCCCGGGGGCGUCUCCAUGGACGAGAAGAAGAAGGAGUGGUGAGGAGGAGGAGGAGCCGCGCCUCUGCCUCUUCUAUUUUUAUGUUUUACACUCUGAGCGACCAAUCAGAGCUCGUCUUUUUGUCACGUGAUGUUUGUCGCACACUGGCUGUGAUGUUUCACACUUAGAGUGAUUUUAGAGGAGGCGAGGGAGCGCCUCCACCUCCAUCCUGCUCCACCCGCCUCCCUGAGGCACAGCCAUCAGCUGCUGCGAUAUCCAAUCAGUGUCUUUGCUGUUUUCAGCCUGUUCGAUGUGACGAUUCGGACACAACGACGUCACUCGUUAAUGUUUUUGUAACGAGCUGGACAAACGACCGCCGGCGAUGUUUUCCUUAUUCAUGAAUCCGUUUGUAGUGGAAGACUGAAACGGGAGAAAAAUGGAGGCAGAAUCAUUUUGUGAGUGUUUGCAGCUCUGAGGCGAUAAAGCCACCUGAGCAGGUGAGCGAUCACAGCUUUAGUACGGAGCGGGGAGGCUGCAGUGACCCGUGGUGUCCUGCAGGAGGCGCCGUUUCCUCACAGUGUGCUUCGUCUCCUCUCUGUACGACGUGUUUGUGUCUGUGUGAGUCUGAACUCUUUUUCUAUCGUGUUUUUGUAGGAGUUGAAUAAAUCGUGCAGCAUUAA